AUGCACAACCACCUUCAAAGUAAUCACCUUGGGCAACGAUACACUUUUGACAGCGCUCGUAUAACUUCUGGAAUCACUGCUAGAAGCCAUUUUUUGAAACCUCCCGUAAGGCCUCCUGCAAUGCUGCUCUCACCUCAUCUGAUGACACAAAACGGUGUCUCUGCAAAUGCUUUUUCAUUGAUGGAAACAAAUAAAAAUCACACGGGGCUAGGUCCGGUGAAUAGUGUUUAUCCAUCCAGUUCUCAAGGUAAAAAUAAUAUAAGAAAAAAAUCAAGUUAUGAAACAGUAUUAACGAACAAAAAGCUUUCCAUUGAAUCAGUAAAAAGUUCUCAAGACUCAAGAUCUUUAACAUCACCUUCAUUAUCAUCGAAUAAAUCUGUGGAAAUGACCUUGAAUAUGCUAAAUGCUACAGAACCAGAAGUUGAUGUUGAAAGUUUAGGUGGAACAAGUAAACUUGAUUAUGACAGUUCAUCAGAAGCCUCCUAAAAUAUAUAUUAUAAUUGUACAGUAUAUUACAUUAUAGUAUCAUUUAUAUAUAAAAUUUAUUUUAUUAUGAGAUGUACUAUUCAGAUAAUGGAAAGUGUACAAAUUCAACAAAAUAUUCAUUGUAAAAAUUAAAUUUUAUACAACUUUUUUCAAGUAUCAUUGUAGAAAAUGAAUUAUGUAUAUAAAAUUCCUUAUAUUUUCAAGGAUCAAACUUUCAAAUAAUCAAAAUUAAAUUAAUUUAAAUAAUUUCAGUAAAUAUUUUAAAUUAUUUUUGCUAAUGUUAUAUAAUUUCAUUAAAUUUUUUGAUUUGAAUAUCUUAAAAA